AUGAUCUCAGAAUAUCUUAUCCUGAUAAUCUUAGUCAGGAAAAUAUCGAUGUCAACAAGAUUAUCACUUAACGCAUCAUGGAAUCAAAAUGGUACUAUAGUCAUCGGAUCUCCGAAUGGAAUGAAUGGAACAUCACUUGCUCAGCUCUCUCAUCCCGUGGGAAUAACAAUUUCAGAUGACGAUGUUCUUUAUAUUGCUGACACAGGAAAUCAUCGUGUUCUUGUCGUUGAUCUUAACAAUAGCACGAGCACCUAUGCUAUAUCUAAUCUAGAACAGUCUGAUCUACACUAUGACGUUUUCAUCUUCAACACAUCUCUCCAUGUUCUUAACUCGAACAAAAAACGAGUGCAAAAGAUGUCUCUAAAUGGUUCCAACUCAGUUACGGGUACUAAUCUGAGUGAACUAGUUUCGCCAAUAUAUAUGUUUAUAGACAAGAGCGGGAAUAUAUAUGUUAGUGAUGCUGGUAGUCAUCAAGCGUUCGUUUUUCGAUCAAAUUCGACACAUGGCUCAGCUGUCGCGGGUAAUGGAACGAAUGGUACAACUUAUGAGCAACUAAAUCGACCGUAUGGAAUAUUUGUUAAUGAUGUCGGAACGAUCUAUGUUGCAGAUUGUGGAAAUAAUCGGAUCAUGAAAUGGACAUCUAGAGUGCAAUCUGGCGUUUGUGUAGUUGGUGAUGUAUUAACAAAAGUCUAUGCACCAACAUAUAUCAUUGUUGAUGAAAAUGAAUACAUGUAUAUUGCCGAAGCCGAUAAAUCCCGGAUAACUCGAUAUGCUCCCGAUUCAACGUUUAGUGUAUGCAUUGUUGGUUGUACAGACAUAUCUAGAAUUGUAACAAAUCAAUUGAGUAGUCCACACUCAUUAGCAUUCGAUAGUCAUGGUUCACUUUACGUCUGUGAUUGGGGAAAUCAUAGAGUACAUAAAUUCGAACUUCUGAACUCUCCUGCUGCGUACAAUCAGCCAAAAAUUGUUGCCAAUCAAACAUGGGAUCAAUGUGGAAACACUAUUAUCAAUGGUACUGCUUUGAAGUUCUAUCCUCUCGGAAUGUUCAUUGAUUCAAAUGAUACAAUAUACGUAGCUGAUACUAACAACAAAUACAUUCGUAUUUAA